ACAAACACACGAUGCGAACAAGAACUUCACUCUCUUCAUGUUUUCUUCGUCUCCAACACUUCUCUUCAACAAUCUCUAACACCAUUAACAACAACAACCCUACAACCAGAACCCACCUCUUGAACUCCAUCAGAACCCUCCCAAACCUCACCACCGCCGUCACACUCUUCCACCAAAUGCUCUCAAUGAAACCCUUCCCUCACAUCAAAGACUUCAAUUUCCUUUUCACCUUCAUCACCAAAACCAAAAACUACACAACAACCAUUUCCCUUAUCAAACAAGCUCACUCCUUUGGCGUUACCCCAGACACGUACACUCUCAACAUCCUCAUCAACUCUCUCUGCCAUUUGGGUCACACUUCCUUCGCCUUCUCCGUUUUCGGCCUAAUGCUCAAAACAGGCCUAAACCCAACUAUGGUAACCCUCAACACCAUUGUUAACGGGCUUUGUGUAGAAGGAAAACUGGCACAAGCUUUGAAUUUUACCCGCCACAUGGAAAAUGCGGGUUAUGAACCUAACGGUUACACUUUUGGAGCGUUGGUUAACGGUUUGUGUAAAAUCGGAGACAUGGGUAAUGCUGUUGUUUGUCUUAGGAAUAUGAUUGAGAGAAACUUUGAACCGAAUGUUGUUGUUUAUAAUGCAAUCAUGGAUGGUUUUUGCAAAGGAGGGUUUGUUUCUGAGGCUUUGGAUUUGUUCAGAGAAAUGAAUGAAAAAGGUGUAAACCCUAGUUUGGUUACUUAUAAUUGUUUAAUUCAAGGGCUUUGUUGGAAUUGUCGAUGGAAAAAUGUUUAUUUUUUGUUGAAUGAGAUGAUGGAGAAGGGGAUAAUGCCUGAUGUUCAAACUUUUACUAUUUUGGUGGAUGGUUUUUGUAAAGAAGGGUUGGUUUUGGAGGCUAAGAGUGUGAUUUGUUUCAUGGUGCAAAUGGGGGAGGAGCCUAAUGUUGUGACUUAUAAUUCACUGAUUGGUGGUUAUUGUUUGAUGAAUCGAAUGGAUGAAGCUAUGAAGGUUUUUGAUUGGAUGGUUUUAAGGAAGUGUUUGCCUAGUGUUGUUACUUAUAAUUCAUUGAUUCAUGGUUGGUGUAAGGUUAGAGAUGUUGAUAAAGCUAUGUGUUUGUUGAGAGAGAUGGUUAGUGAAGGUUUGUGUCCUGAUGUUGUGACAUGGACAACGCUUGUUGGGGGGUUUUGUGAAGUUGGUAAACCUUUGGCUGCGAAAGAGUUGUUCUUUACGAUGAAGGAGUACGGUUUGGUUCCUAAUCUCUUGACUUGUGCUGUUGUGUUGGAUGGUUUGAUUAAGUGUUAUUUUCGUUUUGAGGCGAUGUCGUUGUUUAGAGCUAUGGAGGAGAGUGAUUUAGAUCUUGAUAUUGUCAUUUAUAAUGUUAUGAUUGAUGGUUUAUGUAAAGAUGGAAAGUUGAGUGAUGCAAAGAAGGUUCUUGCGCGGCUUUUGGUUAAAGGGUUGAGAUUCGAUUCGUAUACUUAUAAUAUAAUGAUUGGAGGUUUGUGUAGAGAAGGGUUGUUGGAUGAUGCUGAAGACUUGCUUAGGAAAAUGGAAGAGAAUGGAUGUUCACCGAAUGCAUGCUCUUAUAAUGUUUUUAUUCAGGGAUUGCUGCGGAAAAGUGAUUUUUUAAGGUCAAGUAAAUAUCUUCAAAUAAUGAAAGGCAAAGGGUUUGCAGUGGAUGCUACUACUACAGAGUUGCUUAUAGGCUUUUAUUCUGCUGAUAAAGGAAGUAAUGCUUUUUGAGAGUUAUGCUGAACUGAAUUUUGCUUGGAUUUAAUUGCACCAUCUAUACAUUAUUUGAUGUGAAUUUCUGUUAUCAUGUUUUAAGAACCUAUUUGAUCAGAGGUAUGCUAUAAUAAACUAGGGCGAGCAUGAUAUGAUGUUCAUAUAUGAAAAUCCAAAUUGGGUUAUGAUAAUGAUGAGAUUCUAAAGUGUAACUGAUCAAUCAAAGAGUUCAGAGCUGGCUAUUCUGGCCCAGAGAUUAGCACAAUUCAAUGCAAACAAAAAGAAGUCAUUGCUGUGCAGAUUGCAGUUGCAUGUUUAUGGGAGAGAUGCAAUUGUAUGUCUGAUGUUCAUAAAAGUGAAGCUCUCACAGAAAUUGAAAAAUUGUGAAAGAGAGAAACACGAAAUGACUGAAAGAGAACACAGAUAGCUCAUACUUAACUAUUUACAACAAUGAAGUUCAAUGUUGAUGUCCUUGGAGCAGCUGAAUAAUUGUUGGUGGGUUUUGUGAAGUUGGUAAACCUUUGGCUACUAAAGAGUUGUUCUUUACUAUGAGGGAAUAUGAUUUGGUUCCUAAUCUCUUGACCUGUGGUCUGUUGUACUUGAUUUAACCAUAUGAUGUGAGUGUUUCACACAUAUCAACUACAUUGCGAUAAUUGUCUUGUUGUUUUAUUCCCUGCAAUUGCAUGUCAGCAAGCAAUGAAUGGAAUUAGGAAGGUAUUAUUCAACAAUCAACACAUAAGAAAGCAUUUCUCUAGAGAAGCCAACCUGUUUACUUGAGGCAGAAAGCAGCCGGAACUUGGUGGAACAUUGCAAAAUGAACUUGGUGGAACCUGUCUCCUUGGUUUUAUGGCUUUUCAUAUCUUCUAUUUCAGCUCUCACGGAAUUGAAAAAUUGUGAAAGAGAGAGAAACAAAUGGAUUCAACUAGUCAGAUAUGAUUUCAAAUGCAGGAUGUCACAAGCUCAUAGAUUGGUUCAAGCAAUCAAGGAAGCAAAAUGGAUGCCAUGUUAUGAAAGAACACAGCUAGCUCAACUUAAACGAGUUCAGUACAAUUUCAGUCACUCGAACUCCAAUAUUUACAAAGCCGAUGAAGAUCAAGUUGAGGUCCUUGGAGCAGCUGAGUUUAGUCUCUAUCUGUCAAAAUUAGCCCAAAGGAAAACAAUAUUGUAAGAAGAUUUUUAUAAAAUAAAAAAGAACUUUUGGAUAGUAGAAUGAGAUGGGAUGUUGAAGUAUUAUAAAAGAGAUUAAUGAACACAGUUUUUCAUAUUUUGGGGACUAAAAGGCAACCUUAUGCUUAUUAUGGCUUUCAGAUUGUAAUUUCAUUCCUGUUGGUUAUUUUGUCACGUUUUGUUGUUGCACAUAGUUUGGAUAAUCUUCUUACUCUUAAAAUCUAUUUAAUAUAUUUUUUCCAAUGUUUGUCCAAGUCAUAGGAUAAAUUUAAUGCAUAUUUAUAGGGUUUUAACCCAUGACAGAACCACAUCACCCCUAAACACUAAUUUAGGAAGUAAUCUUCACUAAAUAAGGAAGUGGAAUAACUAAAACUACUUUCUCUCUUAAAAUGUAAGAAACACU